AUUUGACAUUUUGACAGAGUCGGGAAUAUCGAGGUUCAAUUUCUAAAUGUGGAAAUUUUUUGGUGAAAAUUUAUAAAAUACUAUAAACGUUGUGUACUUUGGCAAAAGUACACGAAGUACUUGUGAUUAAAAUAAAUUAAGUAGCUUGUUAUGUCUAUCAUGCACAUGGACUUAGUGACCGAUGAUAACGAACAAAGCGACAGCGGUAUGGAAUCUUUAACCACGAGCAAGGAUGAUACACCAGAACGCAGACCUGAAGACACCUUCAACACACCCGUGCUUGGUUCGUCCCCUACAGCUUCAGUACCACCACCGAUCGUAGCGCUUAAGGAAUAUGACGAUGAGCCAGAUGAAACCCUAUCGGAGAGAUUGUGGGGCCUAACAGAGAUGUUCCCUGAAUGUGUACGCAACGGCACAUACACACUCACAACAAAGACGGUAUCUGGUGUAAAGAAUUUAUAUCAGCUAUCCCGUGUUGUUAUGUGGAUUGUGGCAAGUUCCUCAGUCAUACUGUUUGCUCCAGUUAUCUUUGAAGUGGAGAGGGCUCAAGUUGAAGAAAUGCAAAAAUCACAACAGAAACAAGUGCUGCUUGGAACUAACACUGCCAUGACGGGUCAGAUGCCCCCCAUGCCUGCAAUGCCACGAUAACUUACCAAAAAUAAUGUAAUAUACUAUACAACAUGUUCACAUCAUAAAUAAAUAAAUAAUAUUAAUAUAAUGUCAUCCUGAAUGCUUUAACGGUAUGCUAGGUUGUAAAAAUUUUUUAAGGUAUUCAGCAUUUCAAUGCACUUAGGCCUGUAUGUGGUGGUAUAAAUGUUUAGCUUGUCUUGUUGUGUGGGUGAAAUGGAACCUAUUGCAUUUUGUUUUUCGUGGACACAGUUCAGGCCUAGAUUUCAGAGGCACAUGAAUGAUUAUACAUAUUAUGAUUUUGAAAUGUAGAUAUUGUUUUGUUAUUAACCUUAUAGAGGAAAUAAACAUAUUGUUUAAAAUCUA